AUGGCAUACCACUCGAGCCAAGUGUCUGCGGACUUGAUCUGGGAGAUUACCCGAAACCAGAAUGCUUUCCUCGUGCACCGCCCACAAGGAGGGAUCCGGUUCUCCCGCGAUCCUCUCAAUUUGACCAAUGUCCACAGCCGCAAGUAUGCUGGAUAUGUCAACGACAAGGCCGUUGGAGUUGUCCCAGCUGAAGGCGAUAAGGGAGGCGUUACUUUGAUCACCAAGAAGGCCAACACCACGCAAAAGCCAGCAAGCCAGGCCAACAAGAUCACAAUCGGCGCAAACAAGUCAACCAGAAAGACCUACAAGACCGUUGCCAGCAAGGUCGCCAAGUCAGGAUACCGCGCUGAUCUACGCGCCGAGGCCGUCUCCCGCGCAUCCGCCAUCCGGAAAUCUCAGACCCCCAAGAAGGACCUCCCAGAGAAGAAGGCCCGAGGCGCAAAGGCGAGAAAGGCGGAGGAGGCUGCGAAGGAGGAAUAA